CAUUCCACAGGCCACGGACCAGAGAAUACGGAAUACGGAAUAAGGAGCACGCAGCACAGAGGCACGUUCCACCCCCGCGCAAGAGCAAGAGGAAGAGGAAGAGCAAGAGCAAGAGGAAGAGCAAGAGCCAGUUGGUUCAGUUGGUUCUUCAGUUGGUUUCGCCCUUAAUAUCGAUCCCGGGCACGCGCUCUGCGCUCUUUCGGACUAUCGGACAUUCGGAUUCAGAUUCGGAUUCGGAUUCGGACUUUGAUUCGCAGGAUAUUCGAUUGGAGGCAACGAGUUCGCCGAGCAGCCAUCGCCACUCGCAGUCGUUUGUGAGCGUUCGCAGCGCCAGCAAAGUGUUAAACGAACAAGCCAACAACAAACCAAAUACAACAGUUAAACGGUCUCCGAACCACAAAUUGAGAGCCAGAGGCCACAGAGUCCAGAGUCCAGCCGCAGAAGCAGCUAAAUUCAGAGCCCCGUCUGAGAUUCUCAGCCAGGAGACACAGGACAAAGGAGCCAAGCAGCCAAAAGGAGCCAAGGAUCCAAGGAGCUGAAAGGAGUGCGAACAAUGUGCGCCGCGCUGCGUCGUAAUUUGUUGCUGCGGAGCCUCUGGGUCGUCCUGGCCAUUGGCACCGCUCAGGUUCAGGCCGCCUCGCCGCGAUGGGAGCCCCAGAUUGCCGUUCUCUGCGAGGCCGGACAAAUCUAUCAGCCGCAGUAUCUCUCGGAGGAGGGACGCUGGGUGACGGACCUCAGCAAGAAGACAACCGGCGCCACAUGUUUGCGUGAUAAAAUGGAUUUGCUUGAUUACUGCAAGAAGGCCUAUCCCAACCGAGACAUAACCAACAUCGUCGAGUCAUCCCACUACCAGAAGAUCGGUGGUUGGUGUCGUCAGGGUGCUUUGAAUGCGGCAAAGUGCAAGGGCUCCCACCGCUGGAUCAAGCCGUUCCGCUGCCUUGAAGGACCAUUCCAAUCGGACGCCCUACUGGUGCCCGAGGGCUGUCUCUUCGAUCACAUCCACAACGCCUCCCGCUGCUGGCCGUUCGUGAGGUGGAACCAAACUGGAGCGGCCGCCUGCCAGGAGCGCGGAAUGCAGAUGCGCAGCUUCGCCAUGCUCCUGCCCUGCGGCAUCUCCCUCUUCUCCGGCGUGGAGUUCGUCUGCUGUCCCAAGCACUUCAAGACCGAUGAAAUCCAUGUGAAAAAGACCGACUUACCGGUCAUGCCGCCCGCACAGAUCACAAGUGCCAACGACGAACUGGUGGUCAACGACGAGGACGACAGCAACGAUUCCAAUUACUCGAAGGACGCCAAUGACGACGAGCUGGACGACGAGGACGAUCUGAUGGGCGACGACGAGGAGGACGAGAUGGUGGCCGAUGAGGCGGCUGCUGCUGGCGGAAGUCCCGGGAGCACCGGGUCCUCCGGCGAUGCCAACAGCGGAUCCCUGGACGACAUCAACGCGGAGUACGACAGCGGCGAGGAGGGCGACAACUACGAGGAGGACGGAGCCGGUUCCGAGGGCGAGGCGGUCGAGGGCGAGGCCUCGUGGGAUCAGAGCGGCGGAGCCAAGCUGGUCACCCUGAAGGGUGGCUCCUCCUCUGCGCCGUCGAGCGUUCCGGUUGCCCCCGCCGCCUCCGCCGCCGACAAGACGACCCUCAAGUCCGACUUGGUCACCAGCACCCCUCAACUUUCUGCCGCCGCCGCAGCUGCCGCCGCUGCUGCUGCUGCAGCUGGCAGUGCCAGUGGAAACCAGGGGGCUGGAGCCGGAGUUGGAGUUGGUGUUGGUGUUGGAGCUGGAGCACCGCCAUCGACCGCCCAACCCACCUCCGAUCCCUAUUUCACCCACUUCGACCCGCACUACGAGCACCAGAGCUACAAAGUAAGUCAGAAAGAAGCCCAACAGCGCCUUGAGGAAUCGCACCGCGAGAAGGUCACGCGCGUGAUGAAGGACUGGUCCGAUCUGGAGGAGAAGUACCAGGACAUGCGGCAGGCGGACCCCAAGGCAGCCCAAUCCUUUAAGCAGCGGAUGACGGCCCGCUUCCAGACUUCUGUUCAGGCACUCGAGGAAGAAGGCAACGCCGAGAAACACCAGCUGGCCGCCAUCCACCAGCAGCGCGUUCUGGCCCACAUCAAUCAGCGGAAGCGUGAGGCCAUGACCUGUUACACCCAAGCCCUAACCGAGCAGCCCCCGAACGCCCAUCACGUUGAAAAGUGCUUGCAGAAGCUGCUGCGCGCCCUGCACAAGGAUCGUGCCCAUGCCUUGGCCCACUACCGCCACCUGUUGAACUCCGGAGGACCCGGCGGUCUGGAGGCGGCUGCUUCGGAGCGACCACGCACUCUGGAACGCCUGAUCGACAUCGAUCGAGCUGUUAACCAGUCGAUGACCAUGCUCAAACGCUAUCCAGAGCUGUCGGCCAAGAUCGCCCAACUGAUGAACGACUACAUCCUGGCGCUGCGCAGCAAGGACGACAUUCCCGGGUCCUCGUUGGGCAUGAGCGAGGAGGCGGAGGCCGGCAUUCUGGACAAGUACCGCAUCGAGAUCGAGCGCAAGGUGGCCGAGAAGGAGCGCCUGCGACUGGCCGAGAAGCAGCGCAAGGAGCAGAGGGCCGCCGAGCGGGAAAAGCUGCGCGAGGAGAAGCUGCGGCUGGAGGCCAAAAAGGUGGACGACAUGCUCAAGUCGCAGGCGGCCGAGCAGCAGCAGCAGCAAGUGCAGUCGCCCCAGUCGUCGACCCAAUCGCAGGCGCAGCAGCAGCAGCAGGAGAAGAGCCUGAGCAGCAAGGAGCUGGGUCUCGACGGCGGACUGGUCACAGCGGCCAAUCCCAACUUGGACACCACCAAGAGCGAGAAGGAGCUGUCGGACACUGAGUACGCCGAAGCCACAGUGAGCAGCACCAAGGUGCAGACCGUGCUGCCCACGGUCGACGACGAUGCCGUUCAGCGGGCGGUGGAGGACGUGGCCGCUGCCGUCGCUCACCAGGAGGCCGAGCCGCAGGUGCAGCACUUCAUGACCCACGACCUGGGCCACCGCGAAUCGAGCUUCUCGUUGCGCCGCGAGUUCGCGCAGCAUGCGCACGCGGCCAAGGAGGGUCGCAACGUCUACUUCACGCUCUCCUUCGCCGGCAUCGCCCUAAUGGCGGCCGUCUUUGUGGGCGUGGCCGUGGCCAAGUGGCGAACAUCACGCUCGCCGCACGCCCAGGGCUUCAUAGAGGUCGAUCAGAACGUGACCACACACCAUCCCAUCGUGCAGGAGGAGAAGAUCGUGCCCAACAUGCAGAUCAAUGGGUACGAGAAUCCGACCUACAAAUAUUUCGAAGUGAAAGAGUAAGCGGGAUGGCAACAGGAACGCGGCUGGCCAGAGCGAGAGCGAGAACGCGAACGAGCGAGAAGCACACAUCAACAGCAAAAAAUCAGCAGCAACCACAAUUUCAAAAUGGAAAAACUUAAGCAUAAUAUUAAAAAGCAGAUGGGAAGAGAAAUGAUUUUUUUUUUUCGUCAAAAGGAGCGCAGUUCCAAUAAGAAGAAUCGAGGGGUAGAAGAAGAAAGAUAAAUUCAAUGAAUGGUAAUAUAUCUAUAUAUUAAAUUAAAGCAAGCAAGCAGAAAGGCAAGAAUAUAAUGCAAGCAAUUAAAUUUAAGUAUUUGAAUGUUUAACAAAAUGCAGUAAACAUCCUUUCUAGCUCUCUAUCUCUCUUUCUCUCUCUGUCUCACUCAACCACUCUGUCCCUUUCCCACUCACACACACAACCUUACUCUUGUUGGUCGCCAAGGAAGAGACAACUAAUAGCCAAAGAGGCAAGCGAAAAUCCGUGCAAAGGCAACAUGGAGAAGAGAGAAAGAUGAGAGCAAAGGCGAGACAACAAGGAUCACACAGACGAACACACUUACCCGAAAAAAGAAAAGGGGAGCAGGCGGAGGAGAAGAAAGAAAAGAGAGCAGAAGAAAAGCAAAACAAAA